AUGGCAUCCCGGCGCUGUGGUCUGGUUUUUGAGUUAUUAGGCGUGUUAGUACAUAAGCUUGCUGAGCAUCUUGGCUUUGCGGCUUUGAGGAAGACUGGGGGUUCAGCAUUGAGGAUAAGGAAAACGCUGGCAUUCGAAGCUAUUGCUGAUUUGCAUAGCCAAUUGGACGGAGAUAGUAGCGGUGGUGUUGACUUCUCCGAGGCAUUGCUUUUUCUGGGAGACAAACUUAGCUACCCAGUAGAUCAGUUCAACCAAAAAGAUCUCAGUCAAGAGGAUGGUAUCAUAAGUCUUCUUGACCUAUGGGUAGCCUGGCGCAAGAAUCCCGCGCAUAAUUGGACCGUUGCGGAGACAGUGCGAUGGGUAUCAGAGUAUGUAGAGCUCCCCGAAUACGGCGACCUUUUCUUGCAGUACAAGGUGGAUGGCGAAUCCAUACCCCGUCUUGUUUCUCGCAAUAUGAAGUUUCUUACCGAUGAGCUUGGAAUCAAGAACUCACUUCAUCGCAGAAAACUAUCUCUUAAAGCCAUGGAUCUCAUUCUUUUUGGUCCCCCUAAAAAAAAUCUCUCCACCGUGGCUGCAGCAAGUAGUCUCCUUGUUCACCUCAGCAAGGAUAUGCCCCUUGUCUCCACACUGGUUGUCGCAAUCGCAUUUAUUAUCACCCUAAUAGGACUCAAUCACCACUACACCCAACGUCUGCGUAGCGCUACCUCCAGCAACUAUGACAGGCUCUCUCGGGCUGAACAAACACUUCAGGAAUUGCAGCAGGAAUUACUGGACUUGAAGGAGGCUGAAUCUUCUGUAUGCACUAACAGCAGGACGGCUAUGAGUCGUUCGGCUCAAAUGGAUGAUGAAGCUCUCUUCCACCACUCUGAUUCGGGUCGUAGCUCGGAGCAAAUGUCCGUUCUCUCGGCUAAGCAUAGCAGAACAGAGCCGCCAACACGCAAGCCCAGCGAAUCGUCCUUUUUCCCAAGAAGAACUAUGGCAGAAUCCCAAAUCGGUAGUGGGCAAUGGUCAGCUGCACCAGUACUACCUGCACACGCUUCAUUCUACAUUGGUGGGUCGGAGCGAAUUUCGGCUGCGUCGGUAGCUGCCGCAGCCGCCGCUGCUGCUCUUGCCGCUAAGCGUCCCAUCGAGGGACCCGCAACAGAACUAGCUCUCCUUCUCCAAAUGACUCAUGAAUUGGAAUUGAGGCAUUACUGGGAGAAGCGUUCUGCUGCUGCCAAACAGCUUAUGGCUGCCAAGGAGGCUUGUGAUCGCGUGCGAAGGAAACGUUCCUCGCUUGUGGGUUCGGUCCGGCUUAUACAUUCGGACAAUUUGGAUGAUGUCGAUUCAAAAUUGAACGCCGCUCGACGGGUUCUAGAAAACGUUACAGCAGACAUGCAGGAACGAAAGUAUCGCUGGAGUCGAAUUGAGGAUUUAACAGGUCUCAUUUUGCAGCAACCUGCAGACAUCAAUGCACUGCUGACUGCUCUGGGUUACGACAAAUCCAGAUGCUGUCCCGGAGGUGAAAGCAAUAAUAAUGGCAUUCGACUCUUCGAUCUUUCUACCGACUUCUCGCUCUUUACUGGCGAAGAUUUCGUGGACGACCAACCAAGCUCGUGUACUCGUCCGACCGAUGAUGGAUGCAAUAGGGUCACUAAUGACUGGCAAAGCAAGAACACACUCCAGGACCUGCCAUCGAAACUUCGCUCAGAUACAUCUUCUACCAACGACUUUCUGUAUUCCCAUUCCGACAUCAAAAAUGAGCUCAGCACCGCGACGGAGAGUACCGCGGGACUACUAAUGCAGUCAUCCCUGCCAAGAAAUUACUCUUUUGUUCGACCGUUUGCAGCCCUAUGGCGUCGUAAAGUCAAGUCUCACCAAGCACCCGGCUGUUGCAGCUCACCACAGAGCGUCACCCCAACUAAACCACAAUUCAGCUUGGAUCCAGUACCCGGAAUCCUGAAUUACGACGGUUACCACAGAAACACCUCUCUAUCUUGA